GAGAAGCUCCGCCCACGAGGUUAGCUGGCCCGCUCCCCGCUCUCUGGGGUGUGCUGUGGAACCAUGGGGGAGCAUUCGGCGCUGGGCCCGGCGGCAGGCUCCUCGUUGCUGUUGUGCUCGGUGCUGCUGGCCGCGGGGUGCGCGCUGGGCCUGCUUCUGGGCCGCGGGCGGAGCGCGGUGGAGCGUUGGGUGCUCGCCUGGCUCUGCUACGACUCCCUGGUGCACUUCGUGCUGGAAGGCGCCUUUGUCUACUUGUCUAUAGUAGGAAAUGUAGCAGAUUCCCAAGGCUUGAUUGCAUCUUUAUGGAAAGAAUAUGGCAAGGCUGACACAAGAUGGUUGUAUUCUGAUCCGACCAUUGUGUCUGUGGAGAUCCUGACUGUUGUCCUGGAUGGGUUUCUGGCAUUGGUCCUCAUCUACGCCAUAGUCAAGGAGAAAUAUUACAGGCACUUCGUACAGAUUGCCUUGUGCGUGUGUGAGCUCUAUGGCUGCUGGAUGACCUUCUUCCCCGAGUGGCUUGUUGGAAGCCCCAGUCUCAACACCAGCAGCUGGCUCUACCUUUGGGUCUAUUUGGUGUUUUUUAAUGGCGUGUGGGUUCUGAUCCCAGGCCUGCUGCUGUGGCAGUCAUGGGUAGAACUGAAGAAGAGAGAUUACCAAGAGGCCAAGUUAGCGAAGAAGCAUGAGUAAAUUCUCAGAGUGAUCCAUUCUGAUGUCAGAAUUGACCAGACAUUCCGAUCCGUGCUUCCUGUUCACCGUGUUUUGAAGCAGCCAUUACAGAUGGGUUGGGAGGUGGCAAGCUCGUCUGUUUGCUUUGGUUCUUUGAUUAAAUGAUACUAUGAAGGGAGAGCUUGGGGUGUGGUUCGGUAGUGCUUGCCUAGCAUUGACACGGCCCUGAGUUGUUCCCUUACACAACUAGGGGGUGGUGAGUAAGUUUUCACUUGUCACAAGAUCAUAUUUAAUUAGACGCUCAAUCAUAGCUAGCAGAAUCGUUAUGCCAUGUUAAUAAGUGAGUAUCACAGGGUACUGUAAGGAGUAGUAUAAAUUUUUACUAAAAAAUAAAAACCCAAAGUCCAAAA